AUGAACAAACGACCGGGUAUUAUGAUCCCUCCCACAGUGGAAAUCUCUACAAUCAUCGACACGGCAACACCAUCUUCAUCAACUGAUUCUGAGAACCGAGUCGUCGGAGAGUCGUCGAUCUUCAUCGGACAGCUGCAGCAUCCGCCGCUCCGACGACGACCCGUUCAGCGAUGGCAUCGUUGCCAUGGUAUGUGUUUGGUAGCCUACCAAGCACCUCGCGAGGAAGGCACCGACGAUGAAGAUGCGGCAGUCGAAUCCACUCUUUUUCUAUCAACGUCUCCAGGAAUCGGAUUCGGAUCUCCAAUGCCAGGUGGAUCAGUUAGCUCCCUAGCACUAUCUCCUCCAGGAUUGUCUCCAUUAAAUUUCAAUGAUGGAUCUCCAUUCUCACUUGCAUCCACCCCAUCGUCUACCUCAUCUCUAAUUAGAAAUCAAAAUAGAUUCACAUUCGAUCAUAUUCCAUUUGUUGGAUCUUCGACAAAUUCAACUCCAGCGACUGCUUCAACUGGACCACCUGGACUGUCCCCGGGAGGUCUUGCUCGUACCAUUGAGCAUGAAAGAUCAGCGUUUGAAGUCGUUUCAUCUCAUCAUCAAAGUGCUGAAGAGAUUCUUCAACGUGUUCGAUUAGGAACAUCUGGAUCAUCUUCUUCGAACAAUACUCGAAAUAGUCAAAGUGAAGUUAUCCUAGAAACCGAGCCAUCAACAUCAAUUGCCACCGCCGAUGGAUCCGUUCCUGGACAAUAUUACUGUUUCAUUUGUGAAAAGGACUUCCGUCGACCGGAUAUAUUAUCUCGACAUACACGACGACAUACCGGCGAAAAGCCAUUCAAAUGUGAAGAUUGUGGGCGAUUCUUCUCAAGAUCAGAUCAUUUGAGAACACAUCGAAGAACACAUACUGAUGAAAAACCAUAUCACUGUUGUGUUUGUAAUUAUUCAGCAAGAAGACGUGAUGUAUUGACACGUCACAUGUCUACUCGACAUCAGGCAGUGGCUCCUCCUUCUUCGUUAGGUACACAUCGGAACGUUCGAAGAUGCCUUUCUGAUGGUGAUUAUCAUAAAAUGGCUGCUCAGGAACUUCGUGAACGGCAUCAAACGAAUCGUGAAGACGUGGAAGUUCCACCUAUGGAAGAUAUUGAAGAUGAUGUUAUUGUGGAUGACUGA